CAAAGUGCGGCAACGUUUCCGUAUUAAUUAUGAACGAAUUAUAAAACAGACGUUGCGUGACGUUCCGUUGACAGGAGUAUGCGUCACUAUAUAUAGUUAGUUCUAUUAAUGUGUUUCUUGACACUGGAUAAAGAUGCACACAGCAAUGAAGGUGCCCAUCUGCCUAGUGUUGCUGUCAUGUUCGGUGCUGGCCCAACCCCCGCGGCCACCGCCAACACAAGGUGGCCCUGGCGGUCCUGGUGGCCCUGGCGGUCCUGGCGGUCCUAGUGGCCCCGGUGGCUCGCCUCCUACAGCGCCUUCCGGUGGAGGCGGACCUGGACUCCCUGAUGCGAAUCCUUGGCAUGAACUUCUUCACAGGAUGAUGGAGCUAAUGCAGACGGCGGCUGGUAUGGAGGGCCAGCCUGGAGGUCAACAUGGCCACGGUCCUGCCCCUUCUCAGCAGCCAAGUCAGGUUCCACCUAUUUAUAAAGGUCCUCAACAGGAACAAGGUCCACAACAGGGACCUGGCCCCCAAAAAGGACCAGGCCCUAAACCGGGACCUGGUCCACAGCAGGGACCCGGCCCAAAACAGGGACCACAACAAGAUCAAAUGCAGGGUCCUCUCGCUGGAAAUAUGCAAGGUCCAGGCCAAAGACAAAUGCCGGGGCCACAGCAGCCUCGGAGAACUCAGCCAACUCGUCCACCAACUACAAGAGCGCCACUUACGCCUCCUCCGACUACGAAAGCACCAAUGCAAGACUGCUUCUGGGAAGGCAAGUUUUACAGGCCUGGAAGCGAUAUUGUACGUGGGCAACAUGAUCGGUGGUGCUAUGUUACUUACUGUGAUUCUCAAGGAAACAUUCAGUUCUGGGACGAUUACAACUGCCCUCCAAAUUCAAUGAAACCAACAAGUGAUCACACAGCCGGGCGGAACGUGCCUGGAGGAACAAAACCAGGUUGUAUGGAAGGCGGAGUCUAUUACGAACCAACGCAAGAGAUCACUAGCCACCAGGCAGGCGAACGAUGUUACGGAACCUACUGUAGCGCCGACUCACAAAUCAUCCAAUGGGAAGACUGGUGUGCCCCACAGACACCAGCCGCCAACCAAGGACCACCGGCACCCCAAAACAACAAUCCGCCUCCACCACAGGCCGGUCCACCAAAGCAGCAGGGUCCACCACGUCAAAAGGGUGGCAACAUGCGCGGCGGCGGUGGUGGUGGAGGCGGUGGAGGUGGUCACGGUGGCGGUGGUGGUGGCGGUGGUGGUGGCCAGAGAAACAAACCACCAGUGCAGCAGCAACAGCAGUUUGGUGGUGGUGGUGGUGGUGGUGGUGGUGGUGCUCGUGGUGGCGCCGGCGGUGCUGUUGCUCCACGAAGAACAGGACCAAAACAGGGAUGUUACCAUAAUAGUCUUUACUAUCAGGUUAACGAAGAUGUUAUUGUAGGAAAUAUCGGAGAUAUGUGUUACGGAUAUUAUUGCGAAGGUGACAAUGUUUUCGUUCAUUGGGAAGACCGGUGUACUCCAACCACGCAAGCUCCUGCCGUAACGCAGGGCGGGAUGGGUUCUGGAGGCGGCAUGGGAUGGUUCUAAAAUAGCUUUUUAAUUUAAUCUGGUUUUCCGGAACGUUCGUUGGCUCAUAUUCAGCUUCUUCUUGCCGUGAGAGAAGUUGACGUUCUAUCAGUGCAAGGGUUUUUGGUUAUUUUCACAGAAUUACGUUCCUUAUUUCAUUUCUUUUUAUAAACAGUACACAACUCCUAAAAUUAGAUAUUAAAACACAGCGUUUUUUUUAAAUAUUUGUUUGGAAAUUUCUGAAGAAAAGAAUAUAAUGCAAAUGUACCAUCCGCCGCGUCAGAACACAAUUUUGAAAUGUUGAUAUACGUGUGCGUUUGUUGUUGUUUCUUUAUAAGAACUAUGUCUAUUUAUCAUUAUACCAGUGUGAUAUAAAGUCACUUUUGACAAA